CGGAACAUACGACUACAUUAAAUCGGACCUAAACGGGAAAUACUCGAUUAUAUUACCAGCCCCGAUGCUUCUACAUCGCGACUACUUUCCGGCGAUCAACUCUCUCCCGGACGACGUCUACGCGAUGGUCGACCGCUACAACAACUGCGACGACAUCGCGAUCAACUUCGCCGUCAGCGACGCGCUGGACGACGCGUCGGGCGUCUGCGUCGUGCCGCAGAAGUACGCGAAGAUCGACAAGCGAGGCAAGCGCUUCAAGGGACUGCAGGCGUCCGACGCGCACCACUCGAAUCGCACGCGCUGCCUCAACGAGCUGGCGACGAUGUACGGACGCAUGCCGCUACGCUACAGCGACGCCUUCGUCGUCGCCAUGAGGCUAUGACGUCA